GAACAUGCUCGUGCUCAUGUAAUGAUAUACGGCGGAGAAUAUUAUUCCGAAUCUCGUUGAAAUAAAUGGAACUAAUUAGUAUAAUUAGCUGAACGAUUGAUCUCUAUUGUUGGUGGAUGAUCAGUGGCGAAAGAGUAAUUUCAAGCCCGCGUGAUCAGGCUUGGCGGCACCUUCCGCCUCUGGUUUCUUCUUCCCACUUCGCUACUAACUCUCACGUUCUCCUUCUCAAUGAUUGUUUUUUUUUCCCAUUCAAGAUUUAUUCUUUCUUUUCUCCCAUCGAUUCCUUUGUUCAAGUUCCGGUUUUCUUUCUAAUUGUCAUUAUCUCUCCUACUCUUCCAUGUGCAAGCUCACAUUUUGGAAGCGGAGGCAACGAUCCAACGGAUCCACUGGAAUUCGCUGUUUCCCUCUUUUUUUAACAAUUUCUUUGAUUUAAAGGUUAAACUAUGGCAGAUUCGUCUCAUUAUCGCUGAAAUUAGGUGAAAGUUCGAAUCUUUUUUUAUGUUGUUGCUCUCCGGUUGAGAUUUUUCUAUGUUUCCUGUUUCCGGUUGUUGUCAUUUAUUAAGGGUUUUGAGGAGUUAGGAAUGAUGUGAUUGAGCUCUGUGUCUUUGAGAGUGGAUUUCCACCGAUAAGCUUCGAGGGAGGAUGGUUUCGUUUCAGUCCUCAAAAUUAUCUUGGUCUUUGGUGGCGAUAGUGGGUUCUCUAUUGGUGGUGGUCUCGGUGGUGCAUUUCUUUCUCACGCCCAUUUUUCCUUCUUCGCUGGAUUACUUUAGUGCUCGGUUUCCUGUAAGACCUUCGAUUGGGGGAGAAAGUCAUGAAAGUUUGGACCUGAAUAUUGAUUUCGAUGCUCGAUUUCCUGAGGAUUCUCAUGGGGCGGUAACAUACCGCGGUGCACCCUGGAAGCCUGAGAUUGGGAAAUGGCUAUCUGGCUGCGAUUCUGUCUCCAAGGAAAUUGACAUUGUUGAGAGCAUAGGUGGCAGGAGUUGCAAGAAUGAUUGUAGUGGUAGAGGUGUAUGCAAUAAAGACAGAGGACAAUGCAGGUGCUUUCAUGGAUAUUCAGGUGAAGGAUGUUCUGAGAAUCUGCAACUUGAUUGCAAUCUUCCAUCAUCACCAGAGAAUCCAUAUGGUCCAUGGCUUGUUUCUACAUGUCCUGCUUAUUGUGAUAAGACUAGAGCGAUGUGCUUUUGUGGGGAAGGGACAAAGUAUCCAUAUAGGCCAGUAGCAGAAGCUUGUGGAUUUAGAUUAAACAUGCCUUCUGAACCUGGGGGCCCCAAGAUUGCUGACUGGUCAAAAGAUGAUUUGGAAAAUGUAUAUACAACUAACGGCAGCAGACUUGGCUGGUGCAAUGUAGACCCGGUGGAAGCUUAUGCUGAUAAGGUGAAAUUCAAAGAAGAGUGUGAUUGUAAAUAUGAUGGCCGCUGGGGAAGAUUCUGCGAAACACCAUCAGAAUGCAGUUGUAUUAAUCAAUGCUCAGGGAAUGGAUAUUGCCGUGGGGGAGCUUGCCAGUGUGACAGAGGCUGGUAUGGGAUCGAUUGCGGUAUUCCAUCAGUCUCAUCAGCCAUAAAGGAGUGGCCUCUGUGGCUAAGACCAUCAACAGUUGAGGUACCAGAUAAAGCAACUUUAGAUAAUGACUUUGUGGGACUUAAAGCUAUUGUUAAAAAGAAGAGACCUCUAAUAUAUGUGUAUGAUCUGCCUCCGGAUUUCAAUAGUCAUCUUCUUGAGGGUAGGCAUUUCAGAUUUGAGUGUGUAAACAGAAUAUACACAGAAAAGAAUAGAACGUUGUGGACUUCUCAGUUGUAUGGCGCACAGAUGGCACUUUAUGAGAGCCUUCUAGCAAGCUCUUAUCGAACAUUGAAUGGUGAAGAAGCAGACUAUUUCUUUGUUCCAGUUCUUGAUUCAUGCAUAAUCACUCGAGCAGAUGAUGCCCCUCAUAUAAGCUUGCGGGAACACAUGGGUCUGAGAAGUUCCCUGGCCCUGGACUUUUAUAAGAAGGCUUAUGAAUAUAUAGCUCAUCAUUAUCCAUACUGGAACCAUACCUCGGGAAGGGAUCAUAUAUGGUUUUUUGCAUGGGAUGAAGGUGCCUGCUAUGCUCCCAAAGAAAUCUGGAACAGUAUGAUGUUAGUCCACUGGGGGAACACAAAUACAAAACACAACCACUCAACUACAGCUUAUUGGGGUGACAUCUGGGACGGUAUUCCUUCUACUAGAAGAGGUAACCAUCCAUGUUUUGAUCCAGAGAAGGAUCUUGUGCUCCCAGCUUGGAAGAAACCUGAACCUGGUGCAAUAUGGUUAAAACUGUGGGAUAGGCCUCUUAAGAAAAGAACUACACUAUUCUACUUCAAUGGAAAUUUAGGUCCUGCUUAUCAAAAUGGUCGGCCGGAGGAUACGUAUAGUAUGGGCAUUAGGCAGAAGCUAGCUGCAGAGUUUGGUUCUACUCCCAAUAAAAAAGGAAAGCUAGGGAAGCAGAAUACAUCAAAUGUUACAGUAACCCCGCUGCGCUCUUCAAAUUAUUUUGAGGAACUGGCAAGCUCUAUUUUCUGUGGAGUCCUUCCUGGAGAUGGUUGGAGUGGCCGCAUGGAAGAUAGCAUUCUCCAAGGAUGUGUUCCUGUGAUAAUUCAGGAUGGGAUUUUCUUGCCAUAUGAGAAUAUACUAAAUUACAGGAGUUUUGCUGUGCGUAUAACUGAAGAUGAAAUUCCAAAUUUGGUUAAGAUUCUUCAGGGCAUCAAUGAGACACAAGUGGAAUCCAUGUUAGCUAACGUACGCCAGAUAUGGCAGAGAUUCCUAUACCUUGACUCCAUUUUGCUUGAAGCUAACAGACAAAGGAGUUUGUUUUCUGAUGAAGAAGAUUGGUCAGUCGAAUUCUCAAAACUUGGUGAAGAUGAUGUGUUUGCCACAUUCAUACAGCUAUUGCACUAUAAACUGCACAAUGAUCCUUGGAGGCGACAUCUUAAUCAAAAGAAAGACUAUGGCUUACCAAAGUCCUGCUUGAUAAGAACCUCUUGAAGUACAGCACAGGAAAGAGGAUCAUGCAGAACUCUUUGUUCAGUUUCUGAAGAACUUCUGCAGGAAGCUGUACUGGCUUCAGAAUUUUACUAGAAGAUGUUAGCUUUCCCAACAAUUUUGUUAAGGGAAUUCAAUGAGAUGAAGGUAUUUCAUGCUUAUAGAGAUAGAUUAAAGAUGCAGUUGAAGCUGAUCCCAUAUGCAGUAUGUGAAGUCAUUUGUUCCAGCAAUUAUUAAAUGAACAUCAUCAAUUCUUUCAUUUAUAGAAUAGAAUGAUUCAGAACUUUUAUCAAUUCACAUUCUGUAACCUUGUAAUGUACAGAUGAAUUAUUAAAAAAAAAAAAUGUUGUAA